ACAAUCUCUUCUUGUUUGCUUGCGAUGUUGUUCUCACAACCUUUGCAUGAUCGUUGCGCCUCGCGCAAUCAAAUGAUCGCUGCGAAAAGCGAACACAAAACGUAGAGCGCAAACGUUUGCACAAACAACACAACGCAAUCGAGUGUCUCACUCGCACUUACGCUCGCAUGCUUGCGUUUUCUCUCACAUUUUAACUUUCAGUCAAUCUCUUCGUGUAGAGUAUUCUGCAUUUGCGCAUGCAAGCUUGUGCUCAGUGUUGUGCCUGCGCUCCAACGGCAGAGAGCUUUUUGUGGAUCGCUAAAGUUAAAAAAAAAAGAAGAUGAAUUCACGUGACAGACAAUUCUGGACGGAGUUUCUGCUACUCUAUCGAUCGCUGCCGGCCGUCUGGAAGGUCAAGAGUCCAGAGUACAGUAGUCGUGCAUUGAAAUCUGCCGGAUACGAGCAGCUGGUCCAAAAGCUGCACGAGGUCGAACCACAUGCGGAUCGUGCCCUGGUGGUGAAGAAGAUCAACUCGUUUCGAACAAAUUUCCGACGCGAUUUGCGCAAACGCUUGGAAGGCGAGCGACUUGGCGAGGCGCCAUUUGAGUCGACGCUUUGGUACUUUGAGCUGCUUGGCUUUCUGGAGGAUCAGGAAUCAUCAUUGGGCUCAAGCCAGAGCUUGCACAAAGCCAACAGUCCUGAGCGACAAACACACAGCGAAGCUUUCCAUUCAAAAAAGCGUCGCUUUGCGAUUAAAGAUGAAUUGACUGCAGCUCCCGCAACCGCUUUAGCAGCCACACCACGCUCCUCCCGUCCACCUCUUGACGAAUCGGAGGCUUUGGCUCACAUCUGGCGCAAUCAAUUCGAUGAGUUGGCGCCGCGACAAAAGCUUCUCGCCCGAAAGCUUAUCUCCGAUGUGCUUUACUACGGCUGCUUGGAUCAGUUGGCGCCCCGUCAUGUAACCCAGCUGCAGCAGCUGAUGCUGCCACAAACCCGCAUCUCCUCACCACAGAUCGAAGAUGUUUCCUCGUCGCCACAGCGAAGACUUGAAAAUUGUGAUGAAGAUAACGAUGCUAGUGAUACACCCGAUGAGAAUGGCUGAGAUGCUUUGGCUUAAAAGCACAUCUCAGAUUGAACAAAAAUGACUUUGAAAAUAAAACU